AUGUCUCUCUCACUCGAGCAUAUUGAUGCUUUUCUCCCCAUAACAGCGUUGAAGACGUUUGUAUUGGGUGAUAGACGUUUCAUCUUUCAAAGUCAAGGCACAUACUUCCGGGUGGUUGAUGAAUCCACCGGUGUUGUCACCAGUCAAAUCCAGAUAUUCAAAAGGAAUAAUAUUCAUGGUUACAUUACUUUGGAUCAACGACCACAAGAUCAUGAUUCGAUCCAUGUCCAAAUAAUCGUCUGGGGAGGUCGCUCAGUGCGAGCGGUCAACGUCUCUCUGGUCACUGACAAUGAGGUCGCGUUGUCGGCCUGUAGUGCCGAGUUCACUGCUCCAGAUUGGAUCAUGAGUGGGUGCGCAGCUGCUGCAGGUGGUCAUCACGGGGCAUUUUUUAUCACCUCGAACAAUGCACUCCUGAGUCUCGAAGUGCUCGACAGUGAGAUGCCCGAGAGAAAUGCAACCAUAUCCAUAUAUCAGCUGGCGACAAGUGUGAAAUCUAUCCUUUAUUCCGCCGAUGUGAUUGCGCUGUCUUCCUCUCAUGUCCUCAUUGCCGCUGGUACCGUCUUCGGGGAAAUUAUCGUGUGGUCUUGUUUCUUGAAUACAAAUGGAUCGCACAAAACUAAUGCAGUCGGCUCCAUCCACCAUUUCUUCACGGGGCAUGACGGUUCAGUCUUCGGUGUUCGGAUCUCUCCCCAGAUCCAGACCUUGAAUGGAGGCCAGUCCGGUAGAAUACUGGCCAGCUGCAGUGACGAUAGAACCGUGAGAAUCUGGGAUAUAUCAGAUUGUGAACACAAAACAGCUCAAGAUCCUUCCGCGUACUCCACAGAUGGAUUUGAAUUACGAAGCACAGGCUUUGGUCCUGUUGAGGCAGGCGAGGAGAGCGUUGGAUCUGAGUCAUGCGUAGUCCAGGCAUUUGCUCAUACGUCGCGCAUUUGGGGUGUCUAUUUCAGGGCCAUCACAAAUAAUAAUCAAACUCAUAUGGGAUUGGUUUCUCGUGGAGAGGACUGCACAUGUGCUUUGUGGGACCUAAGCUGGCAUUCACCAUCCGCCGGGACGACUGAUUAUCAGCUCACCCAGACUUCUUCAAUACAAACACAUAUUGGAAAGCACAUUUGGUCUUUGGAUCUUUGCAGAAUUGGCUCUGAGACUGUGGUUUAUACCGGAGGCGCCGAUGGUGCGUUGAAGAGUUUCCCCAUCAAAGAAAAUGACGAUGAACACCUGAGCUAUUGCGCUGGUGCUUCUUUGCAGCAAUCAUCUGGGUUGCAAGCAAAGGCGAAGAAGAAGCAUCCCACAGCAGAUGGAGCGAGAGUCUUUGCAUUUGUCGCCCAGGACUGUCUUCUUCGCGUCUCUACACAUGGUCAGAUCCAGCUUGGAUAUCUCAACCAGGCAGAGGAGACUGUCAUCACUUGGGAGACAAUAUGUGAAACCCCGGAACUGGCUUCUUUUGCCGUCAUAACUGCUUUGCCGCAGAUUGGUCUAGCAUUGAUCGGUAAUUAUCAAGGAUUCUUUCGACUCUAUAAUCACGCUACGAAAUCUGUUAUCAACAUUGCAGACGUUAGCAACAGGCCUCUUCAAUCAUUCUUCCUUCAGACCCACUCUUCCAAGACGGAUACCUUGAAUCCUUCUAACAAAAUCACCUUCCUUGUCUGUUAUCCUACCGGAGAAGAAGUAACACUCGUCACUGUCUCCGACUGGAACAGUGAUCAUCCAAAUGCCGAAACAACCACAUUUAGGCUACCAUCCACAUUUGUGGUGUGCAGUGCCUCUUUCCUCUUUGAGGACCAAUAUUUGAUUAUAGGGUCAAAAUUAGGCGGCCUUGCCAUAUACAAUACAUCCGAGGCUGAGCCCAUAUUGGUCAGCCGGCGUGUUCAUGGCCGAGAGUUUGUCAAUCACAUUAGCGUUGUGACAUCUGUUACUACGAGUGACACCACAAAAUCGGAUUUCGUAUUGACCUGUGGGCGAGACGGAACUUAUUGCCUCCACGAGUUGCAGCUUUGUGGGAAUGGAACAGAUCCUGUAUCGAUACAGACAGUGCACCGUACAGCAUCUAUAACCGGUGGGAACAUCGAAGGCGCCUAUUUCGAUAGAGCGACUGGUGAUUUCAUGUUGUACGGGUUCAGAUCCCAAGAUUUUGUCCUCCGCAACGAGUCGAAGUUGACGGAUAUCGUGUCCAUUGCUUCAGGCGGAUUUCGCCGAGGCUGGGACUUCAUCCCAGGGGACAAAAACAAUAGUGCUUUCUUCACGUGGAAAGACGGAUUUUCUUUGAUGACCACUCCCAUACGAGCUGGUGCUAGUACUUUGCUUCGAGCUGGAGGUCACGGACGGGAAAUUAAAGCGAUGGAUGUUUUCAACCCUACUACUGGAGAUCGCACUCUUUUCGCGACUGGUGCAGAGGACACUACUGUUCGUAUUUUCACGCCGACCUCCUCGUUGGCUGCUAGUCCGUGGGGUAGCUUUGAGUGUCUGCGCGUCUUGGAUACACACAAGUCUGGGAUCCAGCAGGUGACUUGGUCCAAGGAUGGAAGAUACCUAUUCACCAGUGCUGCAUACGAAGAGUUUUUCGUAUGGAGUGUCCGCACCAUUCCUGUAUUCGGCGUUGCUACGAAAUUGAUGGCUGCCAGUCCGAAGGACGACGAGCAUUCAGAUCUCCGGAUACCUAGUUUCGAUUUGCUGGAAGUAGAGGAAGUUGAUGGGGAGCAGGGUUUCCUCCUGUGCCUUGCUCUUUCCAACUCCGUUUUCAAGAUCUUCCACUUUUCACCAUCUAAUGGAGGACAAUUCACUCUCCUGGCUCGUGGGAAAUAUAUGACCAAUUGUUUAACCCAAGCCCACUUCUUGGUCACGAGCUCCUCUGUGAGCCUCAUCACCGCAGCAACUGAUGGUUAUUUCACACUCUGGGAUCUAACAAGCACGCUUGAACCAUUUUACACCAUCACACAAUCCACUUUGAAGGCCAAGCACCCCUUCGACGGCUCUUCCAUCUCACCAGAAAAUAUCACAUGUGAAAGUCGAUAUCAGAUUCAUUCCAACAGCAUCAAGGGGAUGGAGCUGGUUCCUAUUUCUGACACAGCCACUGUUGUUGUGGCUGGAGGUGAUGAUAACUCUCUCUCUGUCUCCCUCCUACGAACACACCCAUCCGGCACCGGCACAAAUGCACAGGUAGCUACGGUUUCUAUCCCCGAUGCUCACGCUGCGGCGGCCACCACGGUCAAGGUACUCAAUCAGCAAAUCUCUCGAGAUGUUACAUCGGAUACAGAAUCCAUCAAAAUCACUGUGGCAUCCUCUGGCAACGACCACCGAGUUAAAAUUUGGUCAAUCGCCGUGGACCCUUCACAGCCUGGUACGCAGGGGAUUAUUGUGGAAUUCUUACUGGAUACAUACAGCUCUGUCGCUGAUAUAUCAUCAUUGGGGCUUGUCCAUGGACCUGGAAAUAGCCUCCCUGCAGAGAGCUACGUGUCUGGAUCGGGAAACAACCAGUCGCGAUUGGUUGUAUGUGGUGUGGGCAUGGAGAUGUUUGCUGCCGAAUCGGAUAGAGUCUUACCU